GUUCCAUGUUCUUGGCAGGGUAUUUGUUAAGCGAAAACUCCAAACUCAGCAAUUUAUGGCUCUUAGGCGCCGAGUUUUGGUUAAUGGCACCUCUGUUAGGUAUGUUAUCAUGCCACAACCCUAGUAUAGGCACCAUAACCGAAACUCGGCCUGUUAUGGCGCCAUGAAUUGCUGAUUUAAACCAGAUUGCUGAUAACCGAGGACUUCCUGUACUAGGUAAUUGCAAAUGGGGAAAAAAAGCAUAAAUAGUUUUAAAGAUAGCAUGUCUGUUAGUGACUGCCUCACUUGCUGGCUCCCAAAGUUGAGAUAUUGAAUAUGAAAAUUUUAUUAUUAUUGGUUUGAACAGAUGACAACUCACUUCACCUUAGUUUCUUCUACAGGAGUGACCUACAACAUGGCAUCCAAUUCCUCAGUGAAGAGAUGCAUAUUUUCUGGGAUAAAUGAGAAGAAUUUUGAAGAGCACCUUCGCAAGCGCAUAGAAAAGCUUGGGGGCCUGGUGGUUGACAGAGAAAACAAAUAUACAUUUUUAUGCUCUCAUGUCAUUGUGAAAGAUUUUUAUGCCACAGAAAAAAUUUUGGCAGCUCUUGCAGCAGGUAAAUGGAUUUUAAGUUACCAGUAUGUUGAAGACAGCUACCAAAAAGGCUAUUGGCUUAAGGAAAAGGAGUAUGAACUUUCCGUGUUUGAUGAAGUUGCCAGGUAUUGCAGACAUCAUAAAGUUAGGACUGGUUUUGGAAUGUACCAUGGUUGGUGUUUCUACGUUCACCUGACAACUAAGAAUUUAACCAGGUCUAUACGAAGAAUUAUAUGUGCUGGCGAUGGAGAAAUUUUGUCUGAGGCGGAUCUGUCGAAGGUCGACAUUGUGGUAUCUGAAAAAGAACUGGUACCAGUGCUCCGUUCACGAGUGGGAUACAAGGCACCCAUCAUUAAGUAUCAUUACUUGAAAGACACCUUGAUUAUGAAAAAGGAUCCACAUUCAUUUCAUCAAUACAUGUUAGAUAGUUAUGGAAAAACUUCAAUUACAAGGAAAACAAAAGGUUACGGUUCUGAACCAGUUAUCAUCCUUGACAAUAAUUCAUCUACAACAACAAAGCGUUCAUUGGUGGAAGACGAUGCCCAUUCGAGUAAAAAACACUGUUCAAAGAAUAAGUGUCGUUUGGCUCCAAAUUCUAAGCAGACCAUAAUAGAUAAUUUUAUGGGUAUUGAAUAUAUCUCUCCCACAAAUAAGAGCUCUUUGCCACCACAACCAUCGACCUCGAAAGACACAAGGCACCGAGGCCCACGUGCAUCUCCUUCUGACAAGCAGCCCUUAUUGAUAACAGAUUACUUCUCAAAAAAAAACAAAAGCCAACUAGGUGAAACUGGAGUAGAAGUAGUUAGUGAAGUGCUUGUCCGGAAACCAAAAGGAGAUAUACUUAUAUCUCGUCAGAGUGACGACUGCAUUAUCACAAAGACAGAGAAGGAUCCACCAUUUUCAUGGGGCAUAGUAAGAAGUUCAGUUGACAUUGAAGUGCUGGAGGAGGGGAGGCCCAGGAGAAACAGCGAUGAAGAAUGUAUGAUAACAGAGGUGAAGAGAGUCUCACAACCAGUGAUUGUCUUAUCAGAGGAUAAUAGUUCAGAGAAAAAAUGUAUGAUAAAAGCCAACGAUGUAAUAGAACAAACGGUAAUGUUGUCAAAAAAUUCAGCCUCUGGUAUUGGCAAGCCUACAUAUAAAUGUGUAAAAGCACUCCAUUUUCCAGAGGCUAGCAAAGAGAAUGAGUCUUCCAAGAUAUCUGAUGGAAAUGAAGUUGAUAUGACUGGUUUGCCAGAUGUAUCAGAACAGGAGGAGGAGGAGGAGGAGUUACCAAAUUUGUCCCAAAUACCAAAAACCACUGCUACUCUUCCUGAAAGUGCAGUUUCAAGGCUUUCACAGCCUUUUGUCAGAAAUGAUGUAAGUCUAUCAUCAGGGUUUGAGGCUAAAAGUUUGAAAGAGAAUCUCCAAAUGGGUAAUUUAAAUGUAAAGGAAAAUACAAACGGUGGUGAAUGUAAAGAGCAAAAAUACAAGCGAACAUCUGGGUCUGUUAUGACAAAGAAGGAUCUUGAGAAACUCCCAGAGAACAUGAAGAAAUGUGUCAACCCCCAGGCAACAAUCCUCCAGUAUUCAAAGAAGGACAUGAAGAACACUGUCAUCAAAUCUAUCCAGUUCAGUAAAGUAAUAAAUCAACUCAGCAUGUCCAUUUCAAACCAUGCUGAGAGUAAGCUUGUGCAGAAAAAUGAAACUUGCCAUCCAACAAGUUCCUUAAUGGCUGUGCUCCAUCCUGCUUCAACUUUUCAGUGCACCACAUCUGUAAGGGAGCUCUCGGAACGAGAAAUUGCUUUCUACGAGUCUAGUACAGACGAAGAUACUAUGGAGUCCAAAAUGGCAGAAACAGAAAAAGGAAUCAUUAUAAUGGGUAUCCAGGGACUCCAUCUGUUCAUCACUCCUUACAUGUACCCACCCCCAGCUACUCUUGGUCAUCUUCUUCAAAAAAUGGUGUUUGAAGCCCCAUUUGCUCUAGCUUACUCUCGAGCUAUUGACUUAGCGCAUCGCGUGUUGUUAUUCUUUCCUCCGCUGAAUUUAAAGAUGCGCAAAUAUUAUGUCAGUGUCCUUUCAUCAGCCGCAAAGCAUGAUAAGGAGUUCCACGAGAAAUUGUACCUUCCAUGGAAAUUUAUGGUGCGGCCCAUCGAGUCUCUGCUGUCUAGCCCAGGUAAUUCACAUGACUCUUCCAUGUCAAGCUCUUGUGAAAAUGACUCUCUGCGUCGAAGCAGUUCCUUAGGCCUCUUGGAAUUCAUCGUUACUCUGUUGAGCGAAGAUUUGAGACAACCAAACCACAAGGAAUUGGUAAGGGAACAUAUUGCAUGGCAGGUAUUUUGGGGCCAUUCGCAAGAUCCAAGAGAGAUAACUCCUCCAAUUAGACAGCUGUUGCGGUUUUGGAUGUCGGCAGCGGAUGCUCCUGUAACUGUUAGAUAUUGCUUAGGCACAUUAGUUGCAAUAGUAAUGGAAUUAGCUUGGAGACAUGAGAGAUGUCUGUUAUUACCUGUCACACCUCAGCCUUUUUCACUAGGAAAUUUAGCAGAUUCCAUACGCCACCGGAUUCAGGAGUGUGGAAGCAGCAGAUUAAUACAACUAAUGUGUGAGUUGCCUACCCCAUGGUCCAGGGCAGUUUUGGGGAUCAUUGUCUUCCAGAGUGAAGCACAAGUUCAGGAACGAGAUUUAGCUUUAGGAGAUAUUGUGGAAUAUGCAUUGUUCCUCGAAAAUCAACAGGAACAGUCUAAAAGUAAGGUUUCAGAUACUGCAAAGGUUUUGCCAUUGUCACCCUUGAGGAAACAGCAGAAACAUAUCAACAAGAGAGGUCCCAAAGGUGAAAGUAAGUUGAUGUUAGCCUGUAUGAAGAAUAACAUUUCUAAAGUGAAUGAGUUGCUGGCAGUCCCUGGAAUCGACAUUAAUCUACCUGACAAUAAUGGUUGGACUGCUCUCCAUGAAGCAGCCAUAAGAGGUUAUGAUUCAUGUGUCAAAGCACUCCUGAAUUAUGAUUGCUCAAAGUCUUUGGAUAUGAAGAAUACUUUACAUCUAUAUUUAAGAAGAGCAAACCACUAUGCUUGCAAUGUUUUUGCACAGUCAUACAAUGGACAAACUGCGCUUCAUGAUGCAGUUUCGAAUAAUCAUUUUAAAACAGCCAAACUUCUAUUGGAUCAUGGCGGAGGAGCCCUACUGAAAAUUACCAAUAAUGAAGACAAAACAGCUUUGAUGCUUUGUAAAACUGAUGCCAUGAAACAUCUUCUCAGGUCAUAUGAGGGCAAAUCAUCAGUAAAGGGCUCUCAAAAACUUGGUCCACGAAGGUCUUCCCUGUCCUCUCGACUUGAUAGUGGUUAUCGAUUCAUCUUAGGUCAUGCAGAUAAGAAAAAAUUUGUUCUUAUACUCACCAACAACUUCAUGGAAGCCUCAGUGGUGAGAUUUGCCAGGUUUGACAUGAUUAGAGAAUCAUACAAGAUGUAUUGUCAAAGCAGUUCAUACCAGGAAAACCAGCAGCAGCAACAAGUUUCUAAGAAACACGAAGAUGAAAGUAGUCGCUCGGAAUCGAGCAGAAGAGAUGGAGAGGUUUCGUGCAGAUAUACCGACAUCCAACUAACCAAUGCUGAAAUGGAGCUCUUUGAGCCAAUAUAUGACAGCAUUGUCAGCAACAUCAAGACGGCCAGAGAAUUUAAUCAUGCUGUUCUGGAAUCUUCUAAGGAAUCUUCAUUCAUUUCUUCCUUAACAAGUAUUCUGUCAUAAAUGGUUUAUUGGUGAAUCUGAACAUAAAUUCUUAUGAUUAAUGAAGACAUUCUCCCUAAAUACAUAGUACUUUUUGGUGAGAGACAAUCGUGCCAGUUGCAUUUCAGAUAUUAAUUUAGCAAGUGGCAAAUAUUGAUAGUAUCUGCAAUGUAACAUGUUUUUAUUUAAGCAACAUGAUACAGACUGAUUUGCAGCAACAUACAUGUCUAUUUUUAAAUAUUAUAUAGAAAAGCUGUCAAAAAUAUUCAGUGCAUAUAUAUUUAACAUUAUGGGGAAUGAAAACUGAAAAAUGAGUGACAUUCCAUGAAUUUGAUGAAUUUGUGAUGGAAGUGUUUGUAUUUUUUCUUACUUUUGAAUUCCAAGAGACUGUUUUGUUCCCGUUUUGAAGUUUUCUCCUCAAAGAUCAAAGAAGUCAUUAAGGUUUUGUAAGUACAGUUGUAAUGUUAGCUGAAAUGUGUGACAUAGACCAUGAAUUUGUUUUUGGGUUGUCAUGGUUUCCGUCAUGCAAACCUUUACGUUUUGAUGUCCUGGGUGAGAAAACUAAAAACCUUGUUUCUAUAUGCAAUCAAGGGUCCAGUCAAGAGAGGACACUUCAUUUCUUACAAAAUUAAGAAGUUAUGCUGAAAACUGUAUCCACCCUUACAGACAUACUUUUGUCAUUUUUAUAUGUCAUUAAGUUAAUAUUUUCAAAUACAUUCCAAGUAAUAUUGAAUGUAUCACUGUUAUGCAGUUAAUUAUUUCUGAGUGAAUUUGCUACACAAGCAAAACUGAAGUUUAUAUAUAUGCCUGAUAGCAUAUUAAAUUUUUUUAUUUUUUGUAUACAAAUGGUUUCAUCAUCAGUAUUAAAGAUUUUUCCUUCAAUGGAAUACAUGUGAAGUGGGUUCUCCCUUUUGCUUAGUGUGUGUCUGUAAUUUAAUGGAUACUACUCAUAAGGGCUCUGCCCUGCUACUUCCACAUCUACUUCUUUUCUGACUAACUGCUUCACUCCCCCAUUCACCACAUGGCCCAAACAGCGUGUCUUUAAAAUCUCAGUCCAUUUGGUCUCCUAAACCCCACUUCUCCCUGCCAGCAAGUCUUGGUUUACACCGUAAGUGGCAGUCUGCUUUUCGUACAAGUGCAGACCUUGUACAUAUUACAGAUCUUGUUAUGCUCUUUUAUUACUGUACAGCAUUUGAUGAUUUUUCACCAAUUGUGAAGGUUGUUCUUAGGAAUUCUUAACAUAUAUGCACAGAAAUUUAUAUGUACAGUGGUCCCCCCGUAUUCGCGGGGGAUGCGUACCAGACCCCCCCCGUGAAUAGUUAGAACCCGCGAAUGUUUGGAACCCCUAUAAAAAUGCUAAAAAUAGCCUAUUUUGUUAGUUAAAACUCAAGAAAAACCCACUAAAAAUUUUCCUACCGGGUUGUUUUAAUAGUUUUAUCACAAAAAGUGCAUUUUAUGAUGAAAUUCAUCAAAAAAACCAGGAAUUUGUGGAUAUUUAUCAUAGAAAAAUACAGCGAAUGCGCGAAUUUUCCGCGAAUAAUACAGGGAAACGUUCCCGAGAGAAAUCCGCGAAUGUGUGAGUCCGCGAAUCUGGAGAACGGGAAUACGGGGGGUCACUGUAAAUCAAAAAGUUUAGUAUUUUUUGUAAAUAAAGGCUACCUUUUUAUUACAGACUGAAAGAUGUUUUAUAAAUAAAAUUUUUAUUUGCUA